UAUAUCUGUGAGAAAAAAUCGGGAAAACUGAGGGGAAAAAUUUAUCGGGGAGAGAGAGUUUCAUUGUUCAUGGCUUCUUGCAGGAAACCAUUCAUGAGUAGCUUCAAAAAACCACCAUCGACGAGUUUUGAAGAUCUAACUCCGGUAGCAAACUCUGAUUCGCAGAAUCAUUCAGCAAACUCUUCCAAUCAGGGAUCAUCAUUUGCUUCAAUUGGUAAUCUUCAAUCAAUGAACUCGAUUGAAGAUUCAUUGCUUGGAUUUUUCGAUCAGCAUCAUUCAGAAAAUCGCUCCAAUCGGGGAUCAUCAUCUGCUUCAAUUGGUGAUCUUCAAUCACUGAACUCGAUUGAUAAUUCAUUGCCCGAAAGUUUCGAUCAGAUAAAUGAUCAAGAGGAGUGGGAAAAGUAUAGAAAGUGGGCAGCCACUUGUGUAGCUAUGUAUGCUUCAUAUGCUGUCAGCCUUGUCUCAAUUCUUCAUUGUCGUGAUCAUAUAAGGAAGUCAAUUUCAGAACAAGGAGAUUAUGAAAGAUAUGCCCUAAUUAAACGGCUAACGACUUUGGAAGAUGCAGAUUGUCGUAGCCAGUUACGCAUGAGCAAAGAUGCGUUUGCCACACUAGUUAGCAUGCUUAAAAGAACUCAGUUUCUUAGAGACAAUCCUCAAAGUAAAGUAGAAGAACAAGUUGCAAAAUUCCUUCAUAUAAUUGGCCAUAAUUUGAGGAAUCGUACGAUCAAGUUCUUUUACAGACGAUCAGGUGAGACUGUUAGUCGAUAUUUUCAUCAAGUUCUUCAAGCCAUUAUAUCAUUGGAAGAUAUCUUUUUAAAGCAACCUGAUGGAUUCAACUGCCCUCCAGAGAUUAGAAACAAUCCCAAGUAUUGGCCUUAUUUUAAGGUAGUUACAUGAAUGCAAUUAGGGUAUAUAAUAUUAUAUGUUUGGAUACAAAUAAUGAAUUUUUACAGGAUUGUGUUGGUGCGAUUGAUGGUACACAUUUUCGUGUAAGAGUGCCAAACAAGGAUGCACAAAGAUACCGAGGACGAAAAUGCUAUCCCACUCAAAAUGCUUUGGCUGCAUGUUCUUUUGAUUUAAAGUUUACAUAUAUCCUUCCGGGAUGGGAAGGAUCUGCUUCAGACUCGAGAAUAUUAGAUAAUGCAUUAACAAGAGAAAUGGAUAAAUUGAUCGUUCCUCAAGGUGAUCACUGAACGUGUAUAUAUGCUGAUGAAUAUAAAUCUAUUUUCUUUCAAACUAACAUCAUUUAGUUACUUGUUGGUCCUAGGGAAAUAUUACUUAGUAGAUGCAGGAUUUCAACUAAAAACUGGGUUCCUUGCUCCAUAUAGAAGUACUCGUUACCAUUUGAAGGAGUAUAGUGUUCAUCAACCAGAAAAUUCUCGAGAGCUUUUCAACCUUCGUCAUGCAUCU